GGAUUGUCGCUUCCGGUUGGUAGUGGUUAGCUUACAAGCGACGGCGCUGGGGAGACGCCGCUGGAGAGGGGGGCUUUCAGUUUUCUGGAAUGGCUUCCUUUGGAUGGAAGAGGAAGAUUGGUGAGAAGGUAUCUAAGGUAACAUCUCAGCAAUUUGAAGCUCAAGCUGCUGAUGAGCAGGGUCUGGUUGAUAAUACUGAAGCUGAUGGGCUUCAUGAAGCCAAAAGGAAGAAGGGGCUUCUCCUGGAAGACUGCGUAGCCCAGAGUAAACGUCUGAAGGAUGAAGGUGCCAUUUUAGCUGAAAAUGGAAGGUACCAGGAAGCUGUUCACAAAUGGGAUGAAGCACUUCAGUUAACCCCUGAAGAUGCCACUCUGUAUGAGAUGAAAUCACAGGUUUUGAUGUCUCUGCAUGAAAUGUUCCCUGCAGUGCAGGCAGCAGAAAUGGCUGUCCAGAGAGAUCCUCAUUCUUGGGAAGCAUGGCAAACAUUGGGGCGGGCCCAGCUUGGAUUAGGAGAAAUCACACUGGCUAUUCGAAGUUUCCAGAUUGCCUUGCAUAUCUAUCCACUUAGCCCUGAACUGUGGAAUGAAGACCUUUCCUGGGCAAAAAAAUUACAACAACAGAAGAAAGCAACCAAAACUGAGACAGGAACGCAGAGGGCUGAGGAAAAAACUUUGGAUGAGCCAAUCCCAGAUUAUGAUUUUGAAAGUGAUGAGAUCUUGGCCGUGUGUGCUGCCAUUGCCGAAAAAGAAAAAAGCACUUCGGCCUCUAAAACUGUAGUGAUUGUAUCAGCUUCAGGGGCCGUUGAGACCGUAACCGAACAAGAGGAGUCUGCAACGGUCCCCGAUGGUGCUGUGUUUAUCAAAGCACGAUAAUCCACACAGACUCUUCCUGUAACAGCCAUAAAUUGGAGGAGGAGGAGUUGUUGUUUUACUUGCUUUUCCCUCUGUUGGAGCCCCAUCUUGGGUCACUGAGCACUGGAGAUCCCUGUCCCAUCAAAUUAAACUUCAGGAGGCACAGUGGCAAUGUUUUUAGUAGGGCCAAAGGAGGAGGAGGAGGCAGUAUCUGGAAAACCGAACAUCGAUAGCUUCAUCCCAGACUGAAUGCUCCUUUAUACAACACCCUUGCAAAUUUGGUGUAACAGCCUACAAGUCCCACAGUCUCCAGAUACUGCGGUCCAUGGUGAUGGUAGCUGAAGUUCAUGGAAGGUGAAGUACAGUCCCCCCAAAAGGCAUCUCCAUUGUGGAAACCUAGUGUUCAAUUUAAGACGACGAAAACGGAGCAGAGUGUGUCUGGAAAUGAUGGCUUUGAGAUAGGAACUGGAAGUUUUGGGUCUGUAUAUAUUUAUACUGCCAAAAGUUACAGUCCUAUUUAGGUUUUCCUAAUCUGCCUUAAUUUGCUCAUAGCCUUGCAUGUGUGUGUGUGUGUGUAAAAAUCAUACACAAACCGGAAUGGCUUUGUAGCUUGCUGUCAAUCUACUAACGUCUGUUCUGACUGUGAUAAAGCAGGGGAUGAGGCAAAAUCUUCACAUACAAUUGUGGUACGGAAUGUGCUGAAUAUGUUUCAGUCUAUAGUCUUUUUUGUCAAGGUCCUGCAUGAUCUCAUUCUGUUGUCUUAAUGCAGCAGUUCUCAGAUGCUGCUUCUGACACAAGAUUCUUUGUUUUUCCAAAUCCAGUUAUAAAAUAUAUUCUUGCACUCGAACAAAAUACAUCAGGUGGCCUUUAUGCUUCCCACUUCACGCUAUCUCAGAACUUUAAAAAAGGGAUUAUUUUAACAAAGUUUGAGGUACAGGUAGUCCUCGCUUACUGGCAGUAAUUGGGACCAGGAACUCAGUCACUGAGUGAUACAGUUAUAAGGUGCGACAUAAUGUGACCACACCAACUUAAGAUGGCAGUUCCAGCUAUCUCAGUUGCUAUCAUUAGGCGAAUGCCAUGCAGUCACAGGGUCCUGUGGUCACAUGAUUGCCAUUUGCGACUUCCUGCUCGCUUCUCUGUUGACUUUGCUCGUCAGAAGCCAGCAGUGAAGGUCACAAAUGGUGAUCAUGUGACCACCAGAUGCUGUGACAAUGUAAUUACAAAGUGCCUGAUCACAUGACUGUGGAGAUGCUGCAACAGCCACAACUAUGAAGACCCGUUGUAAGUACCCCUUGUGCAGUGCCAUCAUAACUUCAAACGGUCACUGAAUGAGUGAAUGUUAAAUGAGGACUACCUGUAUAUUGUUGAGAAAAUCUGUGAACAAUCAGGUUUCCAGGGCAUAAUCCCGCUGCUUUGAAACAAAAUAAACCCAGGCUGAUUUUUUUUUUUAAUCAAAGGAAAAUGCGCUGCAGAGAAAGCAAUUACCUACAGCAGUUUGGGGCAUAAUAUUAUUCAAAGUGUUUACAUUUAAACAUGUAUAUUGCAGGAUAAUGUUGCAAUCAGGCUUUAGAAACUC